AUGUGGUUCCAGAUUCUGCCCGGGAUCAACGUCAUGGCCCUGUGCUUAUUCAUCCCCAGUAAAGCCUCUGAACACAUUCACAGGUUCACUAAUGGGGGCAAGGAAAAAAGGUUGGCCCAUUAUUCAUGUCAGUGGAGCUUGAUGGAAAGAGAUAGGCGGGUCUCUGGAGUUAAUCGUUACCAUGUGUCAAGGGGUUUGGAGAACAUCGAUCAAGGAAGCAUUUUCCCGCUUGAUGAAAAAUAA